ACCAAAAAAACCCCUUAAACCCAGCGCCGUCUUCUUUCUUCAUAGAAGGAGAGUCGAACCACCGACCGUACACACUGAAACUGCAACUGCAACUGCCCACCACUAAAGCAACUCAAUUCUGCACUCUUGACGGCUCCACGACCUUGCUCAGCUCCGACUGCCGCCGACCUCGGCCAUCGGAACCGAGCAUCGCACCCCGGUUUGAAAGUUCAGUCAGAAACCCUAGAUAUCAGCCAUGGGCGUGCCGGUCAAGUCACUGCUGGACCCUAACCCCGGCUCCGCCAUCGAUAAGCAAUUCCUGGCGGCGCCGAUCAAAUCCGCAACCGACAAAUUUGCUCUGCUGCCGGAGCUUCUCAAGGUCAGAGGGAUCGUCAGGGAACAUCUGGACUCCUUCAACUACUUCGUCAACACCGGAAUCAAGAGAAUCGUGCGCGCCAAUGACCGCAUUGUGUCCGCAGUUGAUCCCAGAAUUUACAUCAAGUUCUUAAAUGUAGAGAUUGGCGAGGCCUCCGUGACCAGGGAUGGUGUCACUGAUAAAAUUGCUCCACACACAUGUCGAUUAUCCGACAUGACGUAUUCGGCUCCGGUGAGAGUGAAUGUUGAGUACGUUGAGGGGGCACAUGAUCUGACACCGAGACGGAAAGCUGGUGUCAAGAUUUGCACAAUGCCGAUAAUGUUAAGGAGUUGCAAGUGCAUUUUAGCUGGAAAGAGCGACUCGGAGCUUGCGAAACUCGGGGAGUGUCCGCUUGAUCCGGGAGGCUAUUUUGUGAUUAAAGGGAGUGAGAGGGUGCUGUUGAUUCAGGAGCAGCUUUCGAAGAACAGGAUUAUUAUAGGCAAGGACAAGAAGGGGAAUGUGACUGCUUCUGUGACUAGCAGCACCGAGAAAAUGAAGAGCAAGACUGUGAUUGAGUUUGACAAGAGUAAGAAGACGGUUUCUUUGCUGAUCAAUGCGUUUGAGAAAAAGGUUCCGAUUAUGGUGGUGAUGAAGGCUAUGGGGAUGCAGAGUGAUCAGGAAGUUGUGCAGAUGCUUGGGAGAGAUCCGCGGUAUGGUGCAUUGCUUUUGCCAUCGAUUGAGGAAUGUGCAAAGGUGGAGAUAUACAACAAGGAGCAGGCAUUGGUGUACCUGGAAGGAAAGCUUACGAAGAAGCGUGAGAAGGAUGGUACUCAUGGUAGAGUUAUCUCAGUUCUUGCAGAUGUGCUUCUUGCUAAUGUUGCGGUGACGCCGGGAAAUUUUCAUCUGAAAUGCAUGUAUGUUGGCGUCAUGUUGAGACGCAUGAUGGAUUCAGUUUUGAACAAGGGUGCAGUGGAUGACACAGAUUAUGUUGGCAACAAGCGGUUCGAGUUAUCUGGACAAUUGAUUUCUCUCCUGUUUGAGGAUCAGUUCAAGACAAUGAUCGAGACAGCUAGGAAAGAAUUAGACACUCAAAUGUUACCAAAGGCAAAGCCUGGGAGGGGUUUGGCCUUGCUCUCUCUCAUACAGAAACCGCGUAUGUCAGAAGGACUGGAAAGAGCCCUGUCUACCGGAAACUUUAUUAUGGACCGGUUCAGGAUGAAAAAGUCAGGGGUGACUCAGGUGCUAACUAGGCUAUCCUUUAUAGGAGCUCUGGGCUCAAUGACCAAAACAAAGCCGCAAGUUGAAAAGUCGGCGAAAGUAAGUGGACCUAGAGCCUUGCAACCUAGUCAGUGGGGAAUGCUUUGUCCUUGUGACACUCCCGAAGGUCAAGAUAUUGGACUGGUGAAGAACUUGGCCCUGCUGGCUCAUGUCACAACUGAUGAAGAGGAUGGUCCAUUGAUUUCUCUGUGCUACUCUUUGGGUGUUGAAGACUUGGAACAACUAUCAGCAGAGGAGCUUCACUCGCAGAAUUCUUUUCUGGUUCUAUUUAAUGGAAACAUCCUCGGAGUGCAUAGAAAGCCACAGAGGUUUGCCACUGCAAUGAGAAAGUUGCGUAGAGCUGGAAAAAUUGGGCAGUUUGUAAGUGUCUUUGUCAAUGAGAAGCAGAGUUGUGUUCAAAUUGCUUCUGAUGGUGGUCGAGUUUGCCGUCCGCUAAUUAUUGCUGACAGGGGGAUCUCAAGGGUGAAAGGACAUCACAUGGAGGAGUUGAAGGCUGGCUACCGGACUUUUGAUGAUUUUUUGAAUGACGGUUUGAUUGAGUAUCUUGAUGUCAAUGAGCAGAACAAUGCUUUGAUUGCUCUGUACGAAAAUCAGACAACAGCAGAAACAACUCAUAUAGAAAUAGAGCCUUUAGGCAUUUUAGGUGUUAUUGCUGGGCUUAUUCCGUAUCCUCAUCACAACCAGUCACCUAGAAAUACUUACCAAUGUGCUAUGGGAAAACAAGCAAUGGGGAAUAUUGCCUAUAACCAGCUGCGUCGGAUGGACACGCUUCUCUACCUACUGGUGUAUCCUCAAAGGCCAUUAUUGACUACCAAGACAAUUGAGCUGGUGGGGUAUGAUAAACUUGGAGCUGGGCAGAAUGCAACUGUGGCUGUGAUGAGUUAUAGCGGCUAUGACAUAGAGGACGCAAUAGUGAUGAACAAGUCAUCUCUGGAUCGUGGGUUUGGUCGUUCUAUAUAUAUGAAAAGAUUCAGCGAUGGCAUCAAAACUUAUAAAACUCGAGGGACUGAAGUCGUCCACCAAGACAUAAUAGCCAGGCCAGAUAGAGAUGGAAAAUAUUAUAAUGAAAAAAUGCGGGUGCUUGAUGAUGAUGGAAUUGCUUUACCUGGAGAGAUUAUUACACCAGAUGAAAUCCUUCUGAACAAACAGGUCCCAAGUACAAACAAGACAGGACAUAGGCCUGCACCCUUGAAAUACAAAGGACCUGAAGGGGAGUCUUACGUGCUGGAUAAAGUCUCUAUGUAUCCUGACACGUAUAAUAAUUUGCAGUGCAAAUUCUUAGUUCGCCAUACUCGUAGACCAGAGGUUGGUGACAAAUUCAGUAGCAGACAUGGGCAGAAAGGUGUCUGUGGUACCAUUGUCCAACAGGAAGAUUUCCCAUUUUCUGAACGUGGCAUUUGCCCUGACCUAAUUAUGAACCCUCAUGGAUUUCCAAGUCGGAUGACUGUAGGCAAGAUGAUAGAGCUUCUUGGGAGUAAAGCAGGAGUUUCAUGUGGCAGAUUUCACUAUGGCAGUGCCUUUGGUGAACCAAGUGGUCAUGCAGACAAGGUUGAAUCCAUAACUGAAACGCUUGUGAAGAUGGGAUUCAGCUAUGAUGGCAAGGACUUUCUUUACUCAGGACUUACAGGUUGCCCAUUACAAGCAUAUAUUUUCAUGGGACCAAUCUACUACCAGAGGUUGAAACAUAUGGUCAUAGACAAAAUGCAUGCACGAGGUAGUGGUCCUAAAGCUCAACUAACUAGGCAACCUACAGAGGGAAAGGCUCGUAAUGGAGGACUGCGAAUAGGUGAAAUGGAGCGCGACUGUCUGGUUGGUUAUGGUGCAAGUAUGUUGGCAUAUGAGCGCCUAAUGCUCGCUAGUGAUCCUUUUGAAAUUCAUGUCUGCAGAGAGUGUGGUUUGCUUGGCUAUUAUGACCAUAAGCGGAAAUCCUCAAUGUGCACCAACUGUAGAAAUGGGGAUGUUAUGGCUACCAUGAAGCUUCCAUAUGCUUGCAAGCUCUUGAUCCAAGAACUCCAGUCCAUGAAUAUUGUUCCUCGUUUGAAAUUGGCAAAUGCAUGAGAUGUGGUUUUUCUUGAUAGUAGUGAACUAGAUAGGGAUUUGAUUUCUAUGCUUUGCUUAUUGUUCGAUGCAUUAGCUUGCAUGUUUUUGAAAAGGAACGGCUAAUUUAUAAUUAGCUCAUUUCUGAAGA